AGCCAAGAACUAGGCUAUAUUGAUGCUCUGUGGACCGCGUCUGGAUGCUGCGAGAUCAAUACGGUAGCUACGAGAGUGUUUUCCCAGGCAUCGAGAGCUGAAGGCGGUAGGGGACAGACGUCGCGUUCAAGUGGUGUUAAAAACACAGAGCUUCGCCAGCUGUCGUACGUGGCCCGCCUUUACCUCAGAGUUCAGGUUGUUCUUUUAAAGAACCACGUCUCUACAGGUCACCGAAACUAAGAGAUUUUCGAUGCAUUCAAAACCACGUGUGAAGAAGCCGUUUACGGGAGUUGCAAAUGUUUCGAAUCUUGAAUAAUUCAUGUAUAAAAUAAUAAUUGAACGCAGACUUUAGAAUUAUUUUGUUUCGAUGUACACGGAGUCGAACGUAUCUUCGCUGAAUAUUGACAUUUUAAAUAUUUUUAUGCGUUGAGACUCGCGUAUAAUAUAAAUAUUUUACGGAAAUUAAAACGCCUUGUUUUCCAAUUCAUUUUGAAGUAAAAGAUAUUUAUCGCAGUUUACAAGAGUUUGUUGAGUUUUAAGAUUUCCCACUAUGGAUUACUUCCUAAUAAUGACUAAAGAAAUAAUUCAGGAACGUUUUUCUGUCAGUACUACCAAAAGAAGAAACAUUUAACUAAAGAUUAAGACCAUUUACAUUUGUCUAUUAUGUUUACAACCAGAUUUACGUAUAUGAUUGGCGGUGUUUAAAAGACGAUUAUACAACGUGAUCGUUUGACAACCACAGCUGCUUUCGAUUGUCGCUAUCAUGACAGUUCACCGGAAGUGUUAACAACGCUAUUUUUUACUGAUGGGUCGGAUGAGAUCUUUGCUGAGUGGCCUCGUAUACUGCAGUUUCUGGUACGGAAGCAUCUGCUCCGGUUUCCUGUUUCUUUAUUGCCCGUUGUUGCCACUCCUGUUCCUGCACCAGAAGCUCUUCAGACAACUCACAGAUCUCGUUUUUGCGGCGUGGGAAGUCUAUCCAGCAGCUCUACUGGAAUGUCUGAUUGGUACGCGAGUUGUAGUGACAGGUGAUGCAAUCCUUCCUCAUGAUCGAGCGCUGAUUGUCAUGAACCAUCGCACACGCCUCGACUGGAACUUCUUAUGGGCAGGCAUGUUCCACGCUUGCAAGCCACUUGCACAUCGGAUAAAGAUGGUGCUUAAGGCGUCUCUCAGGCAUAUUCCUGGAGCAGGUUGGGUCAUGCAGAUGAAUUGCUUUCUGUACAUACACCGACGUUGGGAACGAGACAAAGCUGUCCUGGAGAAGACUCUUGACUACUUCCGAGAUAUUGGUCAUUCCUGUCAGAUCCUACUCUUCCCAGAGGGCACGGAUCUGACCGCUGGGAGUCGACAGCGCAGCCACCAGUUUGCAUUUGCUCAUCAGCUGGAACGCUACUACCAGGUGCUACACCCAAAGACAACAGGAUUUGUAUUCCUGGUGCAGAGGAUGAGGCAAAAUGGCCAACUGGAUGCCAUAUAUGACAUCACAGUGGGGUAUCCUCGCACUCUGCCCCAGUCUGAGAUAGACAUUUUAAAAGGAAGUUUUCCAGAAGAAGUACACUUCACAAUAACUCGUUUUGCUGGUUCCAGCCUUCCAUCUGGUGAAGAAGAGCUGAAAGAGUGGCUUGCAUAUCGAUGGAAGGUAAAAGAACAGACUCUCACCAAAUUCUAUUCUUCUGGAUCAUUUGAAACUUCCGGUUUUUGCAAUAAAGAUUUAAAAUCUUCAGAAGUCUCUGCAAUAAACUUUCCAAAUGGUUCCUUAUUGGAUGAUAGCCAAGUAAUACGUCAGAAUUUGGUUACUUCCUUCCCUACUAUUGUUCAGAAUUCACCGCAUAAUUCCUGUCAUUCAUCUAACCAUCUAAAGGUAAGUUGUCGCUAUGAUGCAACUUUCAAUCAUCUUCCAAGCCAUGAGAAAUCCCGGAGCACUAUACUGUACCUCACACUCAUAUUCUGGACUAUGCUAUGUUUCAUUGCUUUGUACGGAAUUCUCACAUCAUUCAUCAUUCAGGUGUUUGCUGUUAUGAACAUUUCUAUGUUCUUGUUUUUGUCAUUUUUCACUCAAGGUUUCCAUCUUUUAGAAAUAUCUCUGUAUAGAUUCAAAACAAGGCCAUUGGCUGCCGGAAGCACGAUAAAAGGAAAGUAAGCUUUAUUUUAAUUACAUGUGGUUAAUAAAUAAUUCAGUGCUCUGAAUGGAACUAAUAAAUAUAAUAUUCCAUAGGUCAAGAUUUAAUGUUUACUUUUACCUUAUAUAUGUUUGUUGCUAGAAGUUAACUUUUGUUUUUGUAAACAUUGCAUUUUAUACAUGUAAGUACAGGGUACUGAGUCAAGGUUUAGCAAAAGUCCGCUAAAUGUGGAAUCAAUAAAACCGAAUGGAUAGACCAAGAAUAAUUUCUGUGGGGAAUUUUAUUGACAGUUAAAUGUAAAUAUUGACAAAAUUCACAUAAAUAUAUACUUUCGUAAAGUUAUGACUUUGUCCAUCUGAGCAACAAUUAAGGUAUGCAGAAUGUACUUUUAUGGGGUUCCAGUAGGUCUCAAAUCUCAAACCUGAGAUCUUUGGCAUGUGAGGCCAGUGCCUUGAUUACAGACCAGGAACUCUCCCGUCUUAAAUAUUGGAAACGUCUCUUCCUGGUAUGUUACCUAAACCUAUGGUAAGUGGUCAGAAAAGUCAAAUAUAAAUGUCUGGGAAGGGGUAACUUACAGAGGAAGAUUUACCAGUGUAACAGAAACCCAGAUUUAAUUUCUUGUGACGUGUGAUUCAGUUGGAUUUGCAUUUGUAAGUAGGUUUCAAAUAAUGUAACUUAAAUUGAAAAGCAUAUCUGUGAUCUGAACUACAUUCCAGUUCCACUCUCUAAGCAAACUGAGGUUCAUUUUGAUAACUGACAGCAUUGCAGUGCCAUUUUCUAUCUGAAAUAAUCCACCUAAAUAACCUGCUAGUCUGUUUUGUAGCUGAAAUGAGGCAAAACUUGGUUGAGACUGGCCAAUUUGUUUAGUACCCCAGAUCUGUAUAAUAACAGUAGUUGUUAGGGCCUGAUUUUAAAAUUACCUUCUUACAUGUAUAGUAGGUAAAUAAAUCAGCAAUAUAUUAAUAGGUACAUUGUAAAGUAAGAACAAAUACUUCAUGCAACACACAUGAAUGCAUAAGAUGCUCGAAUUCUGUAUUAUAAAAUGAGUCGUAAUAUCCCCUUCUUCGUUCUUAUGAUCACUGGACAGAGAAUUGAUGUGGGUCUGUGGUAAGUUAUAUCUCUCCCAGUCUAAUACCAGUAUGUGUUCCAUUUACACCUACAAAUUUAUCCAUUUAUUGCUGACUCACUCUCUUUCUAUGAAGACUGGUAUGAGCAGUGGAGUUUAAUGCAAGAAUGGAUAUAUAGAUCAUGUAUAGGUGCAUGUUCAUAUUUUUACUAAUGUAAUGCAUGACUGGAAUAGGAUACAUGCAUCCAAGUAGACAUACCAGUAAAAUUAAAAACAGAUACACAUUAAUUAUAAUGUUAAAAUAUGUUUAUUAUUUGAUGUAUUAUUCAGGCAGGGUAGAGUCCUUGGCUCGAACGUGAGCCAAAUUCUUUCUUUAUGCAAGUCAGACAUGUUGUCCACAUAGAGGCUUUCUUGUUGCUUGUCUUAAAAUAUUAAUAUUUGCUGUACACUGUAAAAAAGUCACUGUAUUUAAUAAAUAGAUAAUAAAAUAUGUAGUACAUAUUAUUCAAGUAAAGAGCCAACCAGCCAAAUUUAAAAUUUGUCCAUUUUAAGUGCUGAACUAAUCAUGGGAGUUCUCAAUUUCAAUCAGAAACACAGUUCAAUUCUUAAUUUGUAUAUUAAUUAGGAAAGUGUACAUUAGUUAGGAUAACUAUGCAUUGUUUUAAAUGUUGUUAAUGACAACUUUAUAAAAGUUGUACCAUGUGAAUUCAUUGUGCCAAAUGAAUAGAAAUACUUUCCCAGUCUAUAAUCGUGUAAAAAAAUGUAUACUGUGCAGUUUAGUGGAAUAUAAUGACUGUUAUUGUACAAUUAAACACAUAAGUAGUAUAUGAAAAUAUUAAGUGUUUGUAAGAUAUUCACUAUACGAGAAACAAGGACUGCUGACAGAAAGUAUCAUGGACUUCGAUCUCAGUAGUUAUAGUUGGAAUUAGGUAAUGACUUUCAGAAAUGUUUACAUACGUAUUAUUUAUCAUAAAGUUGUCAAAUAUAAUCAAAUAAUUAAGCAUUUCAGACCUUACUAGGCAAUAUUGAGUUUUAGUUCUCAUAUAAGAUGGAUAACACUUAGAAACAUAGUUCUAGUCUUUUCUGUGACAGUGAAAUAUUUUCAGUAACAUAAAGUUAUUGGAUGACACUGCAUUAUAGUGAAGGUGUGUAACAAUCUUCUUUUCAACACUGUACAGCAAUCGUCGUCAUGAAUAUAAAUAAUCUACUAUUGGUCUCUUGUGAAAAAAAUAUAUGCAAGUUUACUGAAAUGCAUUAACCUUUAUUGCAUGGGAAUAGGGGAUUUAAACCCCUGUACUAAGGGGCUGCUGGCUGGACUUAACUCCAGGUUUAAGACUUUAGAAUUUUGGUAGUGGAAUACACGGCCAACUUGACUGAACUAAGACAAUGCAUGGUCAAUAAAGGUUAAAGAGCAGUAGUAUCUAAAGAUAUAUCACAGACCAAGAAAUUGAAAUUUUAAGUUCUAUUUGCAAGUGAUUAUUUAUUUUCUACAGUUUUUAGGUUUAGCAUAUAUUACAAAUAAAAGAAGAAGCUUACAAUGACAAGUUCAUAUUCUAUUUAUCUUGUGUUAAUACAAUGUAUUACUGUUACAGUGAUGACUCAUGUGGGACCAGAUUUCUGAAUGAAUAAAUAUAGUGAAACAAUUGUUAUACA